AUGACUAUGGACAAGAAGGUACUUCAAGAAUAUAAUCUGGAGCAAGACCAGGAGCUUCGUUUUGAAGUGGAAUCAAAAAGUGAAAAAGUUUAUUUAACAUUGAAAAAGGGGACAGCCGAAGUUUUCGGUACAGAGAUAGUCAAGGGAAAAACUUAUGAAUUCACUGCAGGUGCCAAAGUAGCAGUUUUCACAUGGCAUGGUUGCGUUGUUGAGGUAAAAGGAAAAACUGAUGUGAUAUAUACUGCAAAAGAGACUCCUAUGGUGAUAUAUUCAAACUGUCAUGGGGCAUUGGAGUUCAUGCGAACUGACGCAGAGAAAGAUAAUAAAAGAGGACCAAUUGCGAUGCUUGUCGGACCCAAUGAUGUUGGAAAGUCAACCAUUUGUAGAAUACUUCUUAAUUAUGCUGUUCGAAUGGGAAGAAGACCCAUUUUCGUGGACCUUGAUGUAGGCCAAGGGCAUAUUUCAAUCCCAGGUACAAUAGGGGCAUUAAUGAUCGAGAGGCCUGCUUCCAUUGAUGAAGGAUUUUCCCAAGAAGCUCCUCUUGUGUAUAAUUUUGGACACAAAACUCCAGGUUCAAAUAUAACCUUAUUCAAUAUGCUGGUUCAAAAGUUGGCAGGAACAGUGAAGGAAAGACUAGAAGUUAAUAAAAGAACAAGAUCAUCAGGAGCUAUCAUCAACACCUGUGGGUGGACCAAAGCUGAAGGAUACAAACAGUUGCUGAGUUCUGCAAAAUGUUUUGAGGUUGAUGUUAUACUUGUUUUGGAUCAAGAAAGACUAUACAAUGAAUUAGUCAGAGAUGUGCCGAACUUUGUCAAAGUGGUAUUUCUCCCUAAGAGUGGAGGAGUUGUGGAACGAUCAAAAAGUGUUAGAGGGGAAGCCAGGGAUCAGAGGAUACGAGAAUACUUCUAUGGCACUCCUAGCAAUUCCUUAUACCCUCACUCGUUUGAUGUGAAAUUCUUUGAGGUGAAAAUUUUUAAAGUUGGUGCCCCUGCUCUUCCAGAUUCCUGCUUGCCUCUUGGGAUGAAGGCAGAUGACCACAUGACUAAACUUGUGGUCUUGUCACCCAAUGCAGGCCUCCUGCAUCAUAUUUUAGCAGUUAGUGUUUCAGAGAAGGAAGAUGAUGAGGUGAUUUCUUCACAUGUUGCUGGUUUCGUUUGUGUGACAAAUGUAGAUACAGAAAGACAAAUUCUCACACUCUUAUCACCACAACCAAAGCCGCUGCCAAAUCACAUUUUGGUUCUCUCCGAACUACAGUUUAUGGAUACCCACUGAUAUCAUUUUUCUAUAGUUAAACUAUUUUUAUAUAAUGUUGCUAGCUUGUACCUAUUUUCAUAAUAAAUAUUAAUUUAUUAGA